UCUCACUCCUCUCAGAAACCCUCUUUUUUCUCCUAGCGACCUGCGCUGCUUCGUACUUUUCUCCCACCGCCCAUCCCGCGCACCUCGUAUCGAGUCGUUAUUGACAUCUUCACAACUUGGUCACUGGGCUCCGAUCCAUGCCCCACGGAGCUGUCGACGGUUCUGACUUGCUGGGACCCUCAUUGCCAGAUUCAUUUAGCCCCGAUUGACCCUCAUCCGUCCUUACAGACCCCUCAGCCAGACUAUAACCUAGAACCUCACUUCGCCGCUUUCCGUCCAGAAGGAAACCAACAAACCAAAGCCCUCGUCAUCUCGCCAAUUCUACCUCCAGAAGAAAGCAGCUACGCCUAGUAUCAGACCGUCCGGGUCUUGCCACAGGCCAUGCGGAGCAGCAAAAGCAAUAAGACCUCGACUCAUUUCGCCAGAGCCUUGCUGCCCGAAGUCACCUGAACCGUCUCAUUCUGCGCGCCUGCGUACCUUGCAUUCAGGAGACUCGUGGCAUUUCGCCAUCCCACGGUUGUUUUUGCUGCUGAGAUCCCUCCCACCCUUUCCUCUAGUCAUCCUCAGCAUCGCGGGAGUCGAGCAAUCAAUUUUCGAAGCUUUGUCUGCUCCAUACGAUUGAUACUAGAACCCAGCAAAUCAGCCCUUCUCCACGGGACAUCACCGAGAAGAAGCCCACGUCCACCUUACCAGCUGCGACUCCUGCCUGGAGCACCACUCCUGUUUCAGAGCCGAGGCUUCCCGGAGUUGAAUCGCAAGAGUUUGCGAUAGACUCAGCAGAACGCACGGCCUCCUGCUCAAGUCUAACCACAGAAUCCUGCGACGUCCACGAGUCUCUAUCAAUGAUGUUGAGUAACCCAUGAUAUCUCUUACACCAAACUGCCAGGCCCCAUCAAGCAAGCGCUGCAGGGCCUUUGGCAAAAGACUGUCGUCAGUAUGGCCGACGCGGAGGCCGAAUAUAAAAGAGAACAGGACACGGGUAUACAGAAUGGCUCCUCCGACGAUGCUCAAAUUGCGGAGGAGGAGAUCGAGAAUCCCUCCAUGGAGCCACCCAAAAAGAAGAGGAGAGUUGUCAAACCGAACCCGGACAAGAAGUUUGAGUGUAAGCACGAAGGAUGCGGUAAAAGCUAUUCUCGUGCAGAGCACCUGUACCGACAUCAAUUGAAUCAUACUCCCAAGACUAUAUACCGUUGCGAUUUCCCCGAGUGCACCCGCUAUUUCGUGCGACAAGAUCUUUGUAUCCGACACCGAGAGCGACAUACAACUUCUGGGUCACAAUUGCACAAGAGAGACACAUUCGCCCAAUCCACUUCUCACCCCAACAUCACCGCCCUUUCUCCGCAGCAUCAGCAUGCUCAGGGCUCUAGUUAUUCCAUGCCAGCACCUGCACUGAAAAGCCCGCAGCAGGAAGCACGACCGACUACUGCUCACUACCCUUCCGACGCCAGCAGCUUCAAACAGCAUACCCAUGUGCCCAGCAACACGGUCUCACCCUCGACAGCGUCAAUGAACCCUCGAUUUCAUCCUUCAAGCCCUCAGAUGGUCAUGGCAAGGCCCGAACCUCCCCUGCACCGUACAAGCAGCACCUCAAGUAACCCUUUGAGUCCAUUGCAGAAGCCAGAGCCCGCAGCAUGGGCCUCAUCUUCCCGGCGAGAAAGUUUCAGCACUGGGGACGUCAGGUGUCAAGGCACUUAUACCCAGAUGCAAUCAGGCCACAGAGGGUCGGUGGCCGUAACUCCGCAGUCUCCGGUCCGGCAGUAUUCUUCCUCCUCUGUCACCAAUUACCAUCCAGUCAGGGCCAACUCCGACGCCGUCCAGGAAAGGCCGAACGGCUAUGUACAGCAGAUUGAGAUGUCACCAGCUGUUGCAUACUCUACAGCGGGGUACCAGUCGGCCGGCGUAUCCCGUACCGCUGAUGCUGCAUUCGCCGCGGCGGUUUCUCAUGGGCUGACCCGAGGGGAUACCUAUACUUACCCGAUCAUGAAUGGAGGCAUGUCUAACAUUGACGUGGGCAAUGCGUACGGCUUCCCCGUCUUUGGAGCUGAUGAAUAUAACCAGACACCUUUCGGUGUGGACGACUUUACACAGUGGCUCUUCAAUGAUGCUCACUCUGGCUCCAAUGGUUUCUCACCUCCCAACUAUGUACCUGGUUUCAGUGGCCAUGAUCAGCCACAAAUGCAAGGUCCAUAUCUCUCUCAGAGCCCGUCUUCCAGCAACACUUACCCUGGCAAUUCUAUACAUCACCCUAUGAGUGUGACAAGCAUCCUAGAGUCCACUGCAACGAGUCAUUACAUCAUGUCCGAGUCAAAACGGCAGGAACUUCUUGAUAUCAUGCAAACUCAAUUUGUCGAACGUCCGCACGAUGCCGUCAAGAAGCGCAAAGACUCGGUCUUUGAGGGUGAUAUCGACAGUGAUGGCCAUAUUCUCAGCUUGAGAAUGAUGCAUACCUACAUAGGUUCUUAUUGGUACCAUCAACAUGCACAACUUCCAAUCCUCCACAAGCCUACCUUUUCAGCCGAUCGGACGCCCAACUUGUUACUACUGGCGGUAGUUGCAAUUGGAGCCGCCACUCUGGACAAAGCAUAUGGUACAUCCCUGACCGACUCAGCUGCAGAAUUUGCCAACUUUGUCGCAUGGCAUAUACGAUGGGAGAUUAUGCGGGAUGCCGACUUCAGACCUCCAGCAAAGUUGUGGGUGUUCCAAACCUUGCUCUUAAUCGAAGUCUACGAGAAAAUGUAUGCCACUCGGGCGCUGCACGAAAGAGCGCAUAUCCACCACGAUUCUACCCUGACAUUGAUGAGGCGAGGAAGUUCUCUUCUAGGCCGCUCCGCUUCCGACUCACCACCAAGCCUUCGUGGAGACCAAGACAACGGGAAGACGUUCGUGCCUUUCUUAGGCAACGAGUCGACCAAGUCUGAAGAAUCCUGGUACCGCUGGAUCACUACCGAAGCAACUCGCCGUGCUGCUUUUGGUGCAUUUGUCAUCGACUCCAUUCAUGCUACCAUGUUUGGCCACGCGGCUAAAAUGGUCGCUCACGAAAUGCGCCUACCAUUACCGUGCGACGAAGGUCUGUGGUCAGCAGUCUCUGCAGCAGAAGCUGGCCGGGCCCAGUCAUCGUUGCAGACAAAUGGUGUCAAACCUAUCAUGUUCCUCGACGGGCUGAAGAAGACGCUAAACGGUCAAAGGGUUCGUACAAACUCAUUCGGUCGCACCAUCAUCAUGGCAGGACUGCUGUCGGUCUCCUGGCAUAUGACUCAACGAGACUUGCAAAUUUCAUCCCUUGGACCACGCACGGCCAAUUCGUUCGGAGGCCCCGACAAAUGGAAAGCGACCUUGUUGAGAGCUUUUGAUAAUUGGAAGCGUGAUUUUGAUGAAGCUUUAGCUGAGGCCGCGCCUGCUCCUGCGUCACCAUUACGGGCUACCACCACACCAUUCCAUGGCCUACUUCCUCCAGUUGACGACGAGAACAUAUUCGAGUCGCGGACUGUUCUGCAUCAUCUUGCCCAUAUCGCUGCACAUGUUGAUGUGGUCGAUUGUCAAGUCUUUGCAGGAGCUAAUCGUUUGCUUGGGCGCUCCAUCACUCCCAAGGACUACAGUGUCAUUCGCGAAAAGAUUGAGCGGUGGGCCACUAAGGCCUCAGCACGCGAUGCAGCAUUCUACGCACUGAAAUUCAUUGCCCAAGUUUUGAUCCCGCCAGACGAGCCAAUCGAUGGCAUUAACAGCCGCGUCUACGGUCAUGCCAGUCCAAUCCUGCCUCAAGCCUUCGAGCACAACCAGUACAUUGCUCGAGAUGAUUUUCUGCUGAACCGACCUUGGGUUCUCUACAUAUCAGCCUUGGUUGUCUGGUGUUAUGGCUUUGCCCUUGAAGGUCCGAUCAAGCCUCACCCAGCCGAAGAAGAUUUCAUAACAUACCGACAAAAAGAACAUGAUAUGCGCCAGUACCUCGAACGAGUUGGUGGGGUCCGUGCGCCAGACGAUCUCGAAAAUGUUGAAGGCAAGAAUCGUUGCCUAGGUCUCUUGAUGAUACUGAAAGAAUCGUUUGAAAGCACAAGAUGGGAGUUGACGCAUGAGGCUGCCGGCCUGUUGGGUAACGCCUGCCUGAAACUUCGAGGUGUCGAACCACACGAUAUCCUCGGUCCUGUCAGCAAAUCCUUCCCGCGCUCGGAUUACAGGAAUGGAGGUUCGAAUGGCUAUAUGAACGGCCAUGGUCAGCGGUCGACUCUCUACCACGAGGAUGGGGAAUAUCUGACGGUGGCGAGCGCUGCGAAAGUAUAGUCGACACCUCGAAUCGGAUGACCCUGUCCAAUCAAGCCAACUUGGUCUGCUGAAAGCGAAUGGCCGUGUUCCGGAUUGGUUCUUCCGAACCUUGGCCAUCGAGAUACCUAUGAAUUGGUUUUCUGGAGAUUAGAUGAGGCGCCCUUAACGGGGCACCGUGUUGGUCCAUCAGUGAAGGGGCAGGGAGUGCCCCUGAGGCGUUGUUGACGACGAGACGACUUGCUUUUCUUUUGUUGGCUUGCGUGGUUCAAUCGUGUCUACUGUCAUUACUGGGAUAUUCGUUUUGAUUUGUUACAUGGAUUUUUCUGUUGAUUUUUAGCAGGCGGCCAUCUGAUACCCCUUUGAGUUUUUGUUCAAGCUUUUGGUUGGGAAUGCUAUGAUUCAACAUUAUGGCUUAUGGAUUCGGCGUUAGCAACAGCACAGUAGUGACCGAUCACAUACGGUCCCUAACAAGCACGUGUGGGAAGAAUCGCAGCAUUGGUAAAUUGGCAUUUUUGCAAGGACGAGAUCAUAAGCCAUCAAUGAGCGCGAGGUUAACCACGGAAUAUUGGAACAGGGAGGAACAGGACAUGGACAUGGACUGGACUUGCAAUGGGACAGAACAUUUGGAUAGGGCACACAGGGAUAGGCACAGCAGCUGAGCAGAUACGACGUCUGCUUUUGUGGCCUACAUGCCAGGUAGGUACUUGCGACUUUCCAAGGGGUAUAUGCAGUAUAACGUAUAUAUGAAUAUAUCACUGUAUUCAGUGAUGC